AUGAGCAAAGCAUAUGACAGAGUGGAAUGGAGCUUCAUAGCAGCCUUGAUGAUAAAGAUGGACUUUGAUGAAAGACUAAUUGACCUCAUUAUGUGUUGUGUCACAUCGGUCUCAUAUCAAGUCUUAGUCAACGGACAACCAAGAGCACGAAUCUUCCCAAAGAGAGGCCUGAGACAAGGAGACCCUUUGUCACUCUUUUUGUUCAUCCUAUGCACGGAGGCAUUGAUCUCACUCCUUAACGGAGCAGAACUAGAGAAGAAAAUUGUUGGACUACGCGUUGCUAGAGCAAGCCCAAGGAUAUCACACCUGCUCUUUGCAGAUGAUAGUAUUUUUUUCUGCAAGGCAGAAAUAAGCCAAUGCAAGGAGAUCAUAGAUAUCCUAGAUAUUUAUGGAAAGGCAUCUGGACAGAGAAUAAACACGUCCAAGUCUUCUAUGUUCUUUGGCAACCGGGUGGAGGUGGCUUUGAAGAAAGAUAUAAAAGAGGUCCUAGGUUUUACCUCGGAAGGUGGCAUGGGAAUGUACCUCGGGCUACCUGAACAAAUUUGUGGUUCGAAGAUGAAAGUGUUUUCCUUUGUACAGGAUCGACUUAAUGGACGGGUCAAUAAUUGGUCAUCGAGACUUCUCUCUAAAGGAGUAAAAGAAGUUCAGAUAAAAGCGGUGGCUCAAGCGUCCUUGACAUAUGUCAUGUCAUGUUAUUUGCUCCCGCAAGGCAUCACCGAUAAACUCAAGAGCACUACGUCUAAUUUCUGGUGGAGUUCAAAACAAAACAGCAGAGGUCUACAUUGGAUAGCAUGGGAUGAGAUCUGUACUCCCAAAGAUUUGGGAGGAUUAGGUUUUCGAGAUUUCCAUGAUUUCAAUUUAGCACUUCUUGCAAAACAACUAUGGCAGCUGAUACACUACUCAGAUUAUCUAUUGGCGCGUGUUCUAAAAGGGAGAUACUAUAACAACUCCUCUCCCUUUGACGACCGACGGACAUACUCGCCUUCGUAUGGUUGGCGUAGUAUCAUGGCAGCAAAACCUCUGCUCAUAUCGGGCAUGCGAAGGACAAUUGGAACAGGACGAGAUACGAGGGUAUGGAGUGAUCCUUGGGUACCAGACACAGUGGCCCGGCCACCAAGACCAGCCCAACACAAUGUCUACAGAUUACCCCAACUUCUUGUUCAGUCCUUUAUUAGGAAUGAUACCAAGGAGUGGGAUAUACAACUUUUGCGAGACUUUUUCCAUCCAGGAGAUAUCCCGUUGAUACUUGGAAUAAAACCCUCCCAUUCUUUUGCUACAGAUGGGUAUGCUUGGAACCACACAAAAUCAGGAGUGUACACAGUCAAGUCGGGGUACAAUCUACUACAAUCGACCAAAAUGGAUUCAUGUACUGAGGUCCGAGAACCAAGCACCACGAGACUUAAAAGUCAUGUAUGGAAGAUUAAGGCGCCAAGUAAGAUACAACACUUCUUAUGGCAGGCUAUAUCUGGUUGUGUGGCGACGGCAGAGAGGCUCACUUAUAGACACUUGGGCACCGAUAGGAGUUGUCCUAGAUGUGCUGGCCCAGAGGAGUCGAUCAAUCAUCUUCUUUUUGAAUGCCCCCAGCCCUUCAGGUUUGGGCUUUAUCGGACUAUCCGUCCAUUCCGGGUGACUUCCCGAGCGAGGAACGACAAACUCUUCAAUGGGAAAGUCGUCUCCCCGAUGGAUACUCUACAACAUGCCUCCCUUGAAGCAGAAUGCUGGAGGAAGGCAAAUGAAAAGGAACAAACAGAUGAGGAUCAGGAUGAACCUCCUACCACAUCAAUAGAGACGCCUCCCGAGAUACCCCGAAUCCCUACAUGCCAAAUUGAUGCAUCAUGGAUCAAUAAGGCAGUAAGCCUCUCAGCGCUCCAUGCUGAGAUGGACGGUCUACUCUGGGCGAUCUCAUGUAUGAGAGAGAGAAGGUUCACAUCGAUACGGUUCGAAACAGACUGUUCGGACCUAGUGGACAUGACCACAAACCCAGAAGAAUGGCCAACCUUUGCAACGGAGAUCGACAUGUUCCACCGACUACAGGAUAGCUUUGAGGAUGUGACCUUUAAUCACAUUCCUCGAAGUAGGAAUGGUCGUGCGGAUGCUUUGGCAAAGGAAGCUAGGAUGAAAGGAUACAUAUUUUCCCAUAUAGAUCAGACUCGGACAGACGGAGAUGCUCCCCGGAGAAUCAACUCGUCUAGACCCCACUUGAUCUAG